AUGUUGACACCACCUGAACAGUUUGGAAUAGUGGAGAAAGGAGUUUAUCGAUCAGACAUGCUUCAUCAAUCACAUUUUCCAUUUAUAAAAUCUCUUGAUCUAAAAACUGUAGUCAUUUUAUCGCCAGAGGUUCCAACGCGAGCUGUCACGGUGUUUUUAGAAGAAAAUAACACCAAUUUGAUUCAUUUAGGCCUAAGAACCUGGAAACCAAAUAUUGGAUGGAGACCUGUGAGCGAAGAGUUAAUAAAGGAUGGAUUGGAAUUGGUGUUGGAUGUUGGGAAUCAUCCUAUCCUUGUAAUGUGCACUUCUGGAAUUCACGAAACUGGUACUUUUAUCGGAUGUCUACGUAAAUUACAGAAUUGGAGUUUUAGUUCAAUUGUUGCCGAGUAUCGUAGUUAUGCAGGAAAUAAGGCACGUUAUGUAAAUCAACAAUUUAUCGAGUUAUUCGAUAUGGAUUUGAUAACACUCCCACGAAAUCUACCUCUGUGGUUUGUGGAACAAAUGCAAUUAUUGCAAGAAGAGGAGAAAGAAGAACUCAAAGAUCGAUGA